AUGAGGAAAUAAGCUGUGUAAAUGAGUCUUUUUUAGUUUUGUUUGUUUACAAUUCUGUAAUGAUUUAGCUGGCACUUCUGUUAGCUGUCUAAAAAUCUAAAUUUUAGCUGCAAUGGCAAUAUUUGUAAAGAUAAAUAGAAAUGUUCGUUGUAGACUUUUAUUAAUGCAACUAUGACAUCAGAAACCAGGUCGUCAGUUGCUGCAUGGAAGCGCUGUAAUUUAUGUAUAGACACUAAAUUUCAAACUGCCCAAGAAUUCAGACUUCACUUACGUUUAAAUCACUGCAAGAAAGAAGGGGGAUCAUAUGUUUGUUGCUACGGUAACAAUAACAUAUGUGGUUCUUUACCACUUGAAGGGGUAAAUGAUCAAGAUUAUGAAUUUCAUGUUGUUAAGCAUCACGUCUUAACAUUUACUGUUGAUGAUGAUCAUUCUCAAGAAGACAAGUUUGUUGAAAAUCUUCGUCAAAAGUAUGCACAUAUCUUUACUGCUAAUCAGUCAAAUCCUCAACCAAAUGUUGUAGAUGAUAAAUAUCAAUGGACCAUUUUCAACUCUUCUCAAAAUUUGCCUGCUGUCUUAAAUGAUCCUCGUAAGGCUAAAAGAGAACUAGAUCUUUUCACUAAAACAUGGGGUGAUAAUUUCAUUGACUCUGCUUGUUUACCUCCUACCUAUUUACCAGAUAUUUCAUAUCUACAUUUUGAAACUUAUUUAAAGCAUAUUAAAAAGGGUCUACGGAAGAGUUCUAAGAAGAUUAUUAAAGACCAACCAAAUAAAUAUCUGCAGUCCUUAAUUGAAAAGCCAGAUGCUGACAUUGAAGAAAUUCCUAAAAUAUUUUUGCAGUCUGAUUUUAACUUGGAGAAUCCAAAUACAUUUAAUGCUGUUAUACCAUGGUCUCAAUUGUAUAAUCACGAAUCCUGUAGCAGCUCAAAUCAAAAGAACUCUGUAAAGUUACUACAAGAAAAAAUGAGCCAUUAUUUAGAUAUAGCGGAAGUUCAUAUUGCCCAGCAGAUUUCACUGAGAUCAGAAGCCUUCUUCCAUGCAAUGACAUCUCAUGAUGCCUUAAUGGAUCAAUUAACUGAAGUUAUUAAGUGUGUUUGUGAACUAAGGGAAAGAAUUCAUGUUAUCGAGGAUGUCUUGGUAACUGGGCCGAUGAAAAUCAUGAAAUUAAAAAGGAGACAGAAAAAUCUUCAUGCCGUUUAUAAAAAACUAAAUCUUAUAUCAACUGUUCAUCAAACUCAGCCUACGAUUCAAAUACUUUUAAAAACAUCUGAUUUUGUUGGUGCAUUAGAUAUGAUUUAUACAACACAAGAUGUUUUGGCUCAAGAAUUAAGUGGUGUUCACAGUUUCAGGCAUCUUGGUUCACAGCUAGCUGAAAUGGAAAAAGUUAUCGGUAAGAUGAUGGCAACAGAUUUUAUUAGAUAUUUAACUGCAGAUUUAAAUCGACCUCACACUGAAUGUCUUGUCAUGGAAGAGGAAAAAUUGAUUCUUAUAGUCUUUGGUAUGUUACGGCAGAACCAUUUUCAGUUUGUACAAACAUUUAAGGAAGAAUGUUUUACUACAGUAAAAGCUACUAUCAAACAGACUGUGAUAGAAGUGAUAUCUCAAAGUGAUGAUUUCGACAUUGAAAGCAACACUGGCAAUUUGGCUGAGCAGCUGAAGUCAUUGACUUUUCAAAAAUGGGCUGAGCUGUUUCAACUCAUAAUGAAAAACUUGCAUUUUCUCCUACAACGCAUUCAGGCUUUACAUCAAGUAAUGGAUGAUACAUUGGAGGUUGCUUCUGGUUAUGUUUCCAAUGUUGUUACUGGAGAAAAUUUCCGAAGAUGCUCAGUUUUGCAUUUAAUAGAAUAUGAAAAUGAAGUGAUGGUUUCUGAGCAGGAUUAUUUAAAUAUUAAGCCAGUCUUGAAAGACGUCCUAUGCUCUAUUUGUGAUCAUGCACAUGAAUGUUGUGCAAAAAUUUUGACAGCCAAAGCUAAAGAUGGUUCAUUAGAUAAACUCAACAUGUCAGAAUUUCUUAUUUUGGCUAAAAGUAUUGAAGACUUUCAAAGUAAGAGUGAAAUUAUUUCUGGAAAGCAAAGUACUGCUUUGAGGCUUUCUUUACAAAACCAGGCCAAUCGUUUUGUAUCAAGGUUUCAUGAAGAAAAGAAAACAAAAUUAAUUUUAAUUUUGGAAAAUGAGCAGUGGAAACAAGCUGAUGUUCCAUCUGAGUUUCAAGAGUUGGUUAAUCGCAUCAUAUCUACUGGAAGUAUUACUUAUAUGAAAAAAGGUGUCUUAGCUACUAGCCAACAACCUCAGCUCUAUUUAGUUGUUGAUGGGCAAAAUUUUGCAGUUUGUGGGACUGUCUUGAUGUUAUUAAAAAUGGUCAUUGAAUAUUGUCAGUGUGCGGAAGAAUUACCACUGCUGGCAACAGAUCUUGCUAAUCGACUUAUUGAUUUAUUAAAGGUGUUUAACUCAAGAACUUGUCAAUUGGUCCUUGGUGCAGGAGCCCUACAGUUAGUUGGAUUAAAAACAAUUAACACCAAGCAUUUAGCUUUGACAUCUCGAUGUUUACAUUUGAUAGUGUACUUCAUUCCUUACAUUAAGAAUCAUUUCCAAAGUAAAACAUCAACUAGGCAGCAAACAAUAGAUAAACAUUUUGAUCAUGUUACUAGAAACUAUACAGAACACAUUCGAGAAAUCAGUCUUAAACUUGAAUCAAUAAUUUCUGAUAUGUUUGAUGUGCAAUUGAGAAAGUGGGAAGUUAAAGCUCCAGUUCCUUCUCCAUCAUUCACUGCCAUUUCUAAGCAGCUUUCAAAGGUUCAUGGACUAAUUCAUAAUGUGCUCUCUCCUGAGGAAUUGAAUAACAUUUUCAGUAGAGUUAAUAAUAAUUUUAAAACUAAACUAAGAUUUCAUCUUACCCGAUUGCAAGUGAACAAUGAUGGUGGACCCCAGCAUGGGUUGGUGACUCAAGAGCUAAUUUUUUAUAUUCAAAAUUUAAAGAAGCUUAAUGCUCCAAGUGAUUUUAAUAUAAAUGAUUUAUGGCAAUCUAGAUAAUAAAUUGUAAUAUUUAUUUAAAGAAUUUAUAUUAUAUACCA